UUGGAAUAUAAAAUAAAUUUUUUAGAAGAACAACCACCAACAGCUCGAGUAGAACCCCGAGUAUGGAAUGGCAAACCCGGUGACAGACAUCAAUUCAAGUGCAUAGUUACUGGAAUACCCACACCAACGGUACAAUGGUCCGGCCCCAAUAAUACUCCUCUACCCCAUGACGUCACCGAGUUGGAUGGAAACAUUUUGGAUUUCUCCAAUGGACGAACUGAGUUGAAUGGCGACUAUACUUGCACGGCUACCAAUCCUGUUGGAGAGCGUUUUUUCUCAACAAUUUUCGUCUUCAAGGCAUCCGACUAUGGCUCAGUCAACAUUGGACCAUCGCUUACCGUAAAAACUACACCAGCUGGUCCCAGGUUGAUCCUUACCGUAGGCGAACCUCUUCUUGUGAAAUGUGAAGCAUUUGGUGAACCCGAACCUGAGGUUGAAUGGUUGCACGAUCCCGGACCAGAACGAGGUGAUUUACCUGAUGAUUACAAACCGGUUACCAUCUCCGAGCAGUUCAUUCGACAUCCUGCUAUCGGUCUUGGAAAUGCAGGAGCAUACACAUGCAAGGGAUCAAACAGUCAUGCUACGGCCACCAAAAACAUUUAUAUUGAAGUCGUGGAACCGUCCAGAGUCGCUACCGUAUCCAUUCUCGGAGGAUCAUCGCAAUGGUUUGAACAAGGCAAACCGGCUCAGCUUAUUUGUACAGCCACUGGAACCUCUCUUGUCGACCGACUCGAAUGGGUC